GAAGAUCGCUAAAUACACCAACCGAGUUCGAGGUAUAAAUAUGGGAUUGCAAUAGUUCUAUACAUCAGUUGUGCGCUGAGUCCAGCGGAGAAAGUCAAUCAAGCCAAAAUUCAAAAUGAAAUUCUUCAUUGUGAUCCUUGCAGUCGUUGCACUGGUAUACGCUAAAGAUGAAUGGGUGCCGAAAACUGAAGCAGAACUUAAAGUUAUCGUCAAGGAAUGCCUCAAAGAUUUCCCACUUAACAAUGAACAACUUCAGAAAUACACAACCUUCCAACAACCCGAUGAAGAGCCCAUUCGAAAGUACAUGCUUUGUACCGCUAAGGGAGUGGGCUUCUUCAGCGAACAUGAGGGGUAUCAUGUCGAUCGUGUCGCCAAGCAAUUCAAAUUGGAUUUGGAUGAAGCUGAGGUUGCUGUCAUCACUGAAGGUUGCGCUGACAAGAACGCCGAGGGUAGCAGCGUUGACGUGUGGGCCUAUCGUGGUCACAAGUGUGUGAUGGCCAGCAAGAUCGGUGAACGUUUGAGGGUUUAUAUUCAAAAUCUCAAAAAAGAAGCAAAAAAACAUUAAAUUACUACAACUGCCUUUCGUUGAACAAUAAAGUAUAUUUUAUUAACGUCAGCCUAA